CCCAAUUCAAAAGCUUCAAUUUUUUCAGCUCAGAAGAAAAAACAUUCAUCGACCAUUCGACCCUCUGAUGAGGGAAGCAUUAGGAUCUCCGACAACUGCGAGAAACCAUUGUGUUAAGAAGAGUGGUAAUGGAGAGUCCAUACUCUGCACCGCCGCAUGCGGAUGCGUCUCGGCCGUCAUUGGGUUUCCCUCUCGGCACCGCCCUUCUCUUGAUCGUCAUCUUCAGCUUGAGCGGCGUCUUUUCCUGCUGCUACCACUGGGACAAGGUCCGAUCCCUCCGGCGAUCAUUCUCCGACGGCCCGGCUGCCGGUGGUGAUGGCGGGCCCCACAAACCCACUACUGAUUCACAGUCGGAUUUAAAGCAAAACAGGAGCUUGACUCUGCCGGUAGUAAUGCCCGGAGAUCAAGUGGCGAAGUUCUUAGCUCUGCCUUGUCCACGUCAGCCGCUUCAUCCGGAGAAGAUUGUGGUGGAAGUGCAAGAGCCGCCGCCGCCGUACAAACCUUUUGUCCGUGGAGUCGAAUCAGUGCCUUUCUAUUAAUUACUUAAUGAAAUGCGACCGGAAAGUUAUAUAUUUAGGUUUGGAGUUUUGAAGAAUCAGGAAUUCAGGAAACUAUAUGAGCAUAUGGUUGUUGGUGGAGAGGUCUCUGUUAUUAGCUUUCGUUGUUUACUCUGUUCAUGAGUCGCCUAGAUUUGAAGGAAGCCCUGUACAGUGUGUAUACACAUACGAAUAUCAUUCUUACUCUUCCUUCCUCGUCAAUUCCUUCUCUUUGAAGUAAACUUUUCUAUUAAUGGUACUGAAAUGUUUAAUCUCCUUAUAUCAACAAAAUUAUAACUGUAGUUUAUAUCAAAGGGUCUCCAAUGACCAAUGCUACAAUGUCUUUAUGUAGAAAUAGACAAAAAAAUCAAUGUGUAACAUUUCUGAUCUCUUUCUUCUCACGUUCUUCUAUGUUUUUGAUAAAAAUUUUUGAUAUUAUUUUCUCAAUAAUGUCAAUUACAAUGUCUUUAUAUAGAUGUUCUACUCGACAUUUAAA